AUGGGCCAAGCGCCUUCAAGUCAAGUGAUGCGGGUUCAGGCCAAAGUUCGAGGAGGAGGAACCCCUCGGGUGGCGGAGGUCGACCCUCUAUCCUUCAGCUUGCCCGCAAUCCACGAACAAUCCUCUAUCUACGAACUCUUGAAAGAGGGAUACAAGGAUCAAGGGCGGGGAGCUGGACAAUUUGAGGGCUUACCCGAGGGCCACGCCCUGCUGACGUUCGAUCCUCCACGGGUCAAAUGCGCGGAGCUGCCCGCCGCCGGAGUGCUACGGGUGGAAGAUGGUAUGAGACAGGCUGUGCAGGCGGUGAACUCUUUCAUGUCGGUGUGUGCGGACUUGCACGGAUGGCUAGCUUUGGCCGAGAGGAAGGCGGCCAGUGAGGCCAACAAAGCCAGGGAGGCGGAGGCAUGGCUCCAGGCCCUGGAAGAAGAGAGGAGGAGGCUAGAGGAGGAUGUCACAAGACCUAGGGGGGAGCUCGAGGGCACGGAACUAACCCACAGUCUCCAAAUGGAGAGUCUGCUGGCCACGAACGUCCCCAAAUCUCGCUUGGACGCAUACAUCCGUGCGGGAAUUCAGAGGUACCUUGGAUCGUCCGAUUUCGCCCUCGGAAUAAACGACAUCAUGGACCCUACCAUAGAAAGGGGGGCGAGGAAAGUCGUUAUGGAGAUCGAGGCGGCCCAGAGGAAGAACGAGGACAUUCAACCUCUCCUCGACAAAUAUGUAGGUAGGGAGAUGAAGGGGAAGACGUCCGCGACACCUCCGAGAACACCGCCGGGGCCUGAUGAGAACUCGGAGAUAGUCGCCUCCGCACCCCCACCCCCAGGGCAUAAGUCUGGAAGCCACGGAGGAGGGGGAACCUCGACCGACUUCAGCGCCAAUAGCGGAGACAAGGACGCAGCUUCGGAGUUCCCCCCUCAGCCCGAGGGAACUUCUCGAGGCGUGCCCACAACUCCAGGAAGCGGCUUGGUGGAUCCGAACGUCGACAGGAGCCGAGGACGAUUGUCGGGUCUCGAGGGCCAGCUAGAGGAGGCCUUGGAAGCUUUCAGGGCCUCGGAACUGCACGAGGCACGGAGGGCUGUCAUCGAGGCGAAGGUCGAUAACGACCGGCUGGAUAGGUUAUGGAGGGACAUGGAAACCUAUUGGGAGGACCACCUGAAGAACUCUAUACAGUUAGAGAUAUUAGCUAACAAUCGCCUUCGGACCUUCGAAGCCAAGAUACGGAAGAAAAACAAAGAUGAGGGCUUAGCCAAACCCGACCCAGAGGAUUUUAUUCCCCGCAACUAUUUCGAGAGUGUCUUGGUACAUCUUUGGAAGGCUUACGCCUUGGUUGCUGUGAAGUGGGACCGGUCCUCUGACAAGAUCGAGGCUUUUCGGGCGUAUGCUGGUCAGCUUCGUGCAGCUUUGGAAGGCGCAAUAUCCUUCAUUGUAGAGACGGGGAAGGUGUACGAUUUUGAGGCUUGUGGCCCGAACCCUAUCCGGCCAUGCGGGACGACCCGACUUCUCCAACUCGCGAAGCCGAACGCCUAA